AUGAAUUCAUUAUCAAAUAAUGGGGAUAAUAAUAAUACUAAUUCCUCAAAUAAAUCACAACAAGGAACACCACAACAAUUGAAUUCAUCAACUCAAGGUUCAUAUGCAUCAAUAAUAAAAGCAGAAGGAAGUUAUACUACUUAUUCCAAUCCAAAUAGUGCUAAUAAUGGUAACACUUCUCAAAGAAAUACUUAUGUGCCGAGUUCAGGACAAGAUCCUAAAGAUAAUCAACAACAACAGCAUCAACAACAACAAUCUUCAUCACUAUAUAAUCAAUACCAACCACAGCCGUUAAAUUAUCUUGGGCAAGAGGUAUAUAAUCCAAAUUCGACUCAUCAACAAACUCAACCACAAGGAGAUUAUGCACAUUUACAAAAUCAACAAUACACUUUGCAACAACAACAAAGACCUAAUCAACUACUAUCUCAACAUCCAGGUGCUAUUCCAAAUCCUAAUCAACAAUAUCCUGCUCCUGAUUUAAAUUAUCAAAAUCAUAAUGAUCAACAACAUCCUCAACAAUGGGAUGGAUAUCAACAACCACAACCACCACAACAACCUCAACAACAAUCACCACAACCAGUAGAUGAAAAACCAAAAAGACAAGGUAGAAAACCUGGAAGAAAACCACGUGCAUCAAAGAAGAAUAAUCAAGAUACAAUUAAUAACUCAUCAACAGAUUAUCAAAAUCAACCAAAUUCUGCAUCAAGUAUUCCAAGAUCAAUUAAUACUCAACAAAACCAACCGCCACAACAAUUGCCACCUCAUUUACAACAUCAACAACAACAACAUUUACAACAUUUACCACCACAUCAACAACAAGCUCAUUUACAACAAUUACCACCACAUUUACAACAACAUCCUCAACAUCAACAACAAACUCCUUUACCACCACAUCAACAACAACAACAACCUCAUCAAAUCCCUCAAAAUCAAGAUUUUCAUGAUCCAUCGUUAACAACCCCAACAAACAAAUUAAUAACAAAAAGAUCAAGAAUGGGAUGUUUAACAUGUAGACAAAGGAAAAAAAGAUGUUGUGAAACAAAACCAAAAUGUACAGAAUGUUCAAGAUUAAAAUUAAAUUGUAUUUGGCCAAAACCUGGUACUGAGCAUAAAAAUAAACCAAAAGAUCAAAAAGAUGAUGAAAAUACUAUUGAUCAUGAAAUUUAUGGUAGAAUUAAAGUAUUGAGGGGUAUAGUUGAAUAUAGAUCUUAA